GAAAAAGGGCGCCGCAUCAGUGUCUCUCUCUCCUCCUCGGCUCCUCCAUCUCCUUCCUCCUCUUCUCUCCCCCGGCCCCGUCACAGGUGACCCAACAAGCACGCCAUUGCAAAGCUGCUGCAAUUAAGGCAGAAUGGACUCGUCAUGCACAGCGUCUGGCCUUCGAUUGGUAGGGUGCUGCUUUUGCAUUCUUGCUCGCUUGCUCUUCUAGACGCAAGCCUUCGCUUCCCUUCCAUUCCCUUUCUUCCAUGCCUUUACCGCGUUAUUCCGACCUGACGAUCCGUUCUUCCCUCCCACCUCGCUCGAGCAGCACACUACAUAUGCAUCAGCAUCAUGCAUAAACCUUCCCUUCAUCCGUAAUCCGUUAUAGCAGGUUCCUUCUUUUACCAGUUUCUGUAACUAUUUCUUUCUGAGCUGAGGGCUCAAAGUUGCAGAUUCCAACUGUCUGGCUCAUCAUCCAUGGAUGCAGCGGCAGCGGGCAGGGGCAUCGUCAUUCCAGCGCUGCUGUUCCCACCGCCGCCGCCGCCAUUGCCGUCUUACUCUAACUCUUAUUCUUAUUCUUCCACUUCUCACCAUCCACCCAUCACGAGCUUCCCGAUCCUGGUGCUCACCGUGCUCGGCAUCCUCACCACCUCCGUCCUCCUCCUCACCUACUACGUCCUCGUCAUCCGAUGCUGCCUCAACUGGCACGGCUCCUCCGACGUCGCCAACCUCAUCGCGCGCCGCGGACGCCGCCGCGGUGGCAGCAACCUCCCGGUCUCUGGCACGCCCGCCGAGGCGCGUGGGCUCGAGGAGUCGGCCAUCCAGGCGUUGCCGACGUUCAGAUACAGGAAGGCCAUCAAGAACGCUGCUGAUUCAGCUCCCACGAGCGAGUGUGCAGUGUGCCUCAGCGAGUUCGAGGAGGAGGAGAGGGUCAGGAUGCUGCCCAGCUGCCUCCACGUCUUCCAUGUCGAUUGCAUUGACACUUGGCUCCAGGGCAACGCCAACUGCCCACUCUGCAGAACAGCCAUCACAAGCCACUGCCUGCUUCCAUUGAAUCAGCUCCGGCGGCCCGAGGAGCUAGUCAUCCAGGUCACCACCGGCACUGAGGAAGAAGAAGAAGGCGCACAGGCACCGCAGCAAGAAGCCAGCAUGUCAAUGGCGGCUGUUGAAUCUGCAGGACAUACUGCUGCAGAUCAACAGGUCAGUAGUGACAGUGAGAGGAGAAAGGGCAACAAUGCAAGGCAUGUAAUCGAUAUCAGCAGUAAGGGGGAUGAGUGCAUUGCGGCGAGAAAGGAUAGAGAUGUUCUUCCAUUGAGGAGGUCCUUCUCCAUGGGCUCACUGGGUGGUGGGGAGGUUCACCUGCAGAUUCAGAAGGUUCUGCAGAGGAACACUCACUUCCACGGGGAUGACCGUGACAGCAGCAGCGGCAGCUCAGUGUAGAGUAGAGAUUUUAGUUUGAUCAAUUGGCUCAAUAUUCUUUUGCUGAGGAAACAUAUUUCUUGGGCCACUAUGCUUGCAAGUUUUUCUUUUGUGAUGUUCUUUUCCUUUUUUUUAGCAAAAUGCAAGAUGUUCUUUUCCUUUUUUUUAGCAAAAUGCAAGAUAUAUCGAAAUUGGAGAGUUCUU